CAAACACGAUCACGUGUUUCUAGUUACUGUGUUGCUGAGUAAGACAUUUAUUCAAUUGUCAAUAUGACAUAGCUAUUGAUAAAACUUAUAUUCCUUCUACAAGCUAAUCAUACACGUCAAGAUCAUGGGCAAGACAUACUAUUGCGAUUAUUGCGACAGAUUUUUCAAGGAUGAUGUCGAAGCUCGUAAAAAACAUCUAUCCAGUUUGCAGCAUGUAGCAAAUCGAGAGAGUCAUUAUAAAACAUAUAAAGACCCGGAGACGAUAUUGAAGGAGAUAUACAAUAAAACUCCGUGUAAACGCUACAUGACCGUUGGAGACUGCGCUUUUGGUUUGGGCUGCCGAUUUUCGCAUUACACCCCACUGAUGAUAUGGGAACUUCAACAGCUCGCUGUAAUGAAAAACUCCAAAGUCUCGGCAGCACAACCUAGGGACGGUUGGCCAGAUUCAGAAGAUAUUAUCAAGGAAUAUUUCGAGCACAGCAUUGUUUCGAGCGGCAGCAAGGACCCGACUUCGAUGUGGUGUCCAUCGCCAGCGGUCGGUUGUCUUUAUUUACCACCGUCUUUGCAGCCCGUCACAGCGGAAAGAAUGACGGAGUGCAAUUUUAGUAAAUGGGGUUGAACUAAGAAUAUUUCGAGCAUAUGAUUGUUUCGAGCGGCACCAAGGAUCUUACUCCGAUGAUGUGUCUAUCGCCAGUGGUCGGUUUGUCUUUGUUUAUCACCGUCUUUGACGCCCAUCAUGUCGGAAAGAAUAAAGGACUACGAUUUUAGUAAAUGAGGUUGAACUAGGAAUAUUUCGAGCACAUGAUCAUUUAAAUUCGAACGGCAGCAAAGACCUUACUUCGAUGUGAUGUCCAUCGCCAGUGGUUAUCUUUGCUUACUACCGUUUUUGCAGCCCGUCACAUCGAAGAGAACGACGGACUAUAAUUUUAGCAAAAUGGGAUUAAACUUGCAGUCCCAUUCUAAAAAUAAAAUAUUUAUAUUCGCAAUCC